CAAAAUAUUAUGCACAAAGAAAAUAUUCCAUUAGAGAAUCUACUAUCUAAUAAUGACAUUCAAUUGUUUAAUCCUCCUAUUUAUAGUGAUACUCAAUUAUCUAAUCCUAUAUAUAGUGAUACUCAAUUGUAUAAUUCUAUUUAUGAUGAUACUCAAUCGUCUAAUUCUAUUUAUGAUAAUAUUCAACUAUCUGAUAUUACUUAUGGUGAUAUUUAA